GAGUGUCGUAACAAAAAGAACACGCUGUUCUCUCGGCCUAUGAAUAGGUUGCAUUUGAAAACAAGCUUAUAGAUAAAUAGCACUGCAUUGGGUUUCAAGACAAGUAUAGAAUCUUGUCACUGGCUGUCGGCGAAUCCUUGGAAGCCAAUAAUCUGGUGGUAAGUUAAAAGCGAAAUUUACUGUUAACACAGUGGUAAACAUCGAGGAUCAAGUUUGAAAUUAGAGCGAAUACGAAUGUACAAAGACGGAUGAUGGCGGGUCAACUGACAAGAGAUCGAGGGUAGAUGAGGAGGAUGUUCGUUUCAGUCAUGGCGCUGUUUUUCAUCAACUUCUUUGAGAUGGGUGUUCUGAAGAGCUUUAGCGUCCUGGUGGACGAUCUCGUCAUCCAACUCAACACAAAUCUUGGUACAAUCGGGGCCAUCGUCGGAAUCUACAACGGCAUCACAUAUGCCCUUGCACCAUUCAUCGCACCGUUUGUGAAUAUAAUGAGUGUGCCUCUCAUCUCUGUCAUCUGUGCAGUGGGUUCGAUGUCACUCUGUCUAGCGUAUUUAGCUUCCGAUGUCAUCCAGUUUGGUUCGGUGUGUCUACUCUCUGGAAUUUGUUACUCAGUCGUCCGUCUGGGAGGAGUGAUCCUCUUCUACAAAAAUGUACGUAGGAACUUCUCCAUCACGUUUGGCAUCGCAGACACCGGCAACGCCAUCGGAAUGAUGACUGUACCCAUUCUGACCGAAUUCUUUCUAGAGACCUAUGGUUGGAAUGGUACCAUUCUUCUGCUUGGUGGGCUUCUCUUCCAGAACUCCAUCUUCCUACUACUCAUGAGGGAACGUCCUCUAGAACCCCAUGACGACGACGACGACAACUCUGAAAUGCAAGAGACGAGGGUUGAUUCCGAAGCAGAAGAUGAUGUCUUUGAUGAGGACGACGACCUACUUCAGCGAAGUCUUGACGGCGGAAGACCUCAUGCUACCACGUCCUCCCCCUCCAUAUGGAGAUGUUGUUACUGCAUCUACUCAUACUUUGGCCUUUCCUUGUUCUUCGAGUGCCGAUACACUAUUGUGGUCAUGCUACUUAUGGUGUUCCUUGGUAUGAUCAACGCGUCUUGGCUUGUCUUCCUCAUUCCUCAUGGUGUAUCCAGGGGCUUCCGUUUGUCAAGGGCGGUAUUCUUGGCGACUUGUGGAGGCUUUGGAAACGUCUUGGGCCGCGUCGUCCAGGGACCAAUCAUCGACCGGGAGUGGAUGACAUCCCUAGAUCUCACCAUCAUCUUCACUGCCAUCAAUGCCGUGGUGUUUCUCGUGGACCCCCUGGUGUUUAAUUUUGUUUUACUGUGCAUCGCUGCGUUUGUCGGAGGAAUAACCAUCGGUGCAAGAACAACGCUGACAGUGGUGAUUGCAAAGGAAUUAUUCCCACCAGACACAUUCUCAACUGUCUACGGUUUACAGUGCCUGUUCUACAGUGUGGGGGAACCCCUUGGAGGUAUCCUGGCCGGUUGGUUGGCCAAUCGAUUUAGCUUCAGUGUCUCUUUCAUGGUGCUGGGUGGAGUGGAAGUCCUAACCUUUCUGGUGUUGAUGCCAACACGAUACUUAAUCAAUAGAAGUGCGACUUAAACUUCCAUCAACCCUGAUGAUGCAAAAGCGGGUUGUAUCUGCAUCCUCUCCAUUAAUAGUUAUAAACAAUAAGCACUAUUACCCGAGAGUGGGCAUUCAUCAAUCGCUAAACUUGGAGAAAAUAUGCACUGCAGAAAAGACGAAUGAGCAUUACAAACGGGGCGUCCAUUACCCUUACUGUAUAGCCCCCCCCCCCCCUUUCUCUCUUUCUCUCUCUUCUUUAUCGGUAGAAAAUGAGCCACAUUCGUAUGAAAAUCAAUAGCCAUGAUCUUGUUAUUUUGCGUGACCGUUUUGUUGGUCUGAAAUACAAUCUGUUUCAAUGGUGGUUAUCUAGUCAUCUACAUUAUAUUUUAUUGUAUCGCUGUGGAGAAAUAUGUUCCACAAUUAAAAUAAUAUCAUCUUUUGACUUUAGGCCCUUAUAUGGAAGAUUUACACUUUCUUGGCUUUAAUUAUGGAAGGAGCAGAAAGUAAUUUUUGUUAUCGUAAUAGAUCAUUCAGUUGCGUGAGCUUUCUUGAUGGGCCAUUUGAAGUAGGAAGCUAUUUGAAAACGCAAAAGAAAGAAACAAGGAAUAAUUCUCCGGUAAAGUUUGACAGCCAAAUGGGUCCAUAUAUGUCAAUUCAAAGGAAAUAUUAAUUGGAUAAAUUGAGGAUAUUCAAAUUUACGUGAAUUUGUUUAUUAUGUCAUUUAUUGAGCUUUCUCUACCUUCUACAUGUACUAGACGAUGAAUCACGUUUUGAACGACAUAUCCCUCGUAACUCAAUAGGAAUUUAAAUUCCUAAAAAAUUCGAUCUAUUCAACAUACGAUAUUAUUGAAUUUUGUUGGUUUACAAAUUGUUUUCAAAAUCGCAUGUGGUGAAAAUCAGUUCUCGUUUCGUGAUUUUCUUUUUUAAACUAUCCGUUUACAUUCCCAUGCAUAUAAGCAUUCAAAAUAGUAUACACUCUGACUCGUGAAUUGUCAAUAAUUGUAAGAAACGAUCAUACCAAAAACUAAGAAAUAUCGGCAUAUUAGAGCUAAUAAUAAUAUAUGUAUAUAUAUAUAAACCCCUCAAAAAAGUUUGGAAAUCUGUGUUUGGCCUUUAAUUUCUCCCAACUACCAAUUGUGCACAAUGCAUAUUUGAUAUUAUUCAAAAGAUCAUUUAAUUCACUUUAAAAUGAUACCAUGCUUGUUAUGAUUAUACCAUCACGAAAAGAGCAGUAUUCAAAAGUGUUGGAUGAGGUCUGAAUUGAAAAGCUGCAAAACGAGCAGAAAUAGUCAUGAAGGGUCAAUACAGAACAUAUGAUUCUUUUGUCUUUGUCAGUAGAGAUAAAAAUCCAUUCAAAUCAAGCCCCUGCUUCUGUAGUGAUGGUUCUGUGAGAUUACAUGAUUUGAAUCGUGUUUUGACAUACCCAUGCAUGUUUGUUUGUUUGUUAUGUGUUUGCUUGUGUAGAGUUGUGUUUGAUUCCAUGUUAAUGUUGAUGUUAAGGUGCACGAAAACAAUUAAGAGAAACCGCUGAGAAACUCUCAUCACCACUGAAAAAAGAAAAGUGACUUUCAAUAUUGUGUCAUUUUGCAACUUUUGAAUUUUGACCUUGCCCCACAUUUCAAGGCACCGCACCUCCAUGUGAGCGAUAAUCAUGUCUUGUAGGGUAUUAUUUUAAAGAAAAUUAAAUGAUCUAUUCAUUGAUAUUAAUUACACAUUGAUAUUUACUGAAACCGAGGAGGAAUUAUCGAUCAAAGUAAAAAAAAAAAAAAAACGCUGAGAAACUCACUCAUCACCACGGAAAAAAGAACAGUGACUUUCAAUAUUGUGUCAUUUUGCAACUUGAAUUUUGACCUUGCCCCACAUUUCAAGGCAUUGCACCUCCAUGUGAACCAUAAUCCUAUCAUGUAGGGUAUCAUUUUAAAGAGAAUUAAAUAUUCUAUACAUUGCUAUUAAUUACACAUUGAUAGUUACUAAAACCGAGGAGGGAUUAUCGAUCAAAGUCUGAUUUCCAAACUUUUUUUGAGGAGUAUAUAUAUAUAUUGCUUUUUUUACAUUGAUUCCAUGAUCAUUACGAAUUUGGACUCUACAAAUAUUUUAUUAUGCAAACUUCACUUGAAGGAUGAAUUAUUCUUUAUGAAUGGGUAAGGGUAAAACGUGAAAGAAAAAUAAAGUCUUUUCGAAAAGCCA